AUGAGAGUAUUGAGAGAGGAACUAACGCUUGUGCUCACUGUUGUUACAUCUAAAGAUGCCCCCCAAAGAGGCGGUGGUGUUUUUGGCAGCCUACUGACGGAGCUCUGACACCACUGACUGAAUGAGUGGAAGUGUUGGCAGUGGUACUGUAACGUGAACUAACAACAGAAAUAAAUGGCGAGGACGGAACCUGCAGUAUAAACGCCAAAGACUCCGACCAUCAACACGAAGUUACAUUAGCCGAAGCGGUUUGCUACCACCAGCUAGCACCAAAGACUCUGCUAGCAUCUCGUUAAGCUAGCAAGUAGGUAAGAUUAGCCGGUAGCUAAUGUUCGCUGGCAAGUCUAUUUAUAGUGGACCUGUGUGCCAUCAGUAGGAAAAUCGUUAGGCGAUUAGUAUUGACAAGUUAAUCCGAGAGGCUUCUGUGUAUCCUAUGAUCUCGCAACGUUAGUUGUCUGAACCAAAAUGUCCACCACUUCGUUGGAUAAAGAAUUACAGGAGCGACUGAGAGAGGCGUCUGCCAUCGGGGAUAUCGACGAAGUGCGGACAUUGGUGGAGAGUGGAGUAAAUGUUAAUUCACAGAACGAAAUAAAUGGAUGGACAUGCCUGCACUGGGCAUGCAAGAGGAACCACAAGCACAUAGUGUCCUACUUACUAAGUUGUGGAGCAGACAAAGAAAUCCUCACGGCAAAGGAUGAGUUGGCCUCACAGCUCACGUCCAAGCCAGAGAUCAAACGACUUUUAGGAGUUGAAGUGGAGGAAGUGCCUGAAGUCAAGGAGCCUGAGUUGCCAAUCAUCCCCAACUACCUGUCUAACCCACCCUUCAUGUAUUCCAAGAUGGAUAACAAGUCAGAGACCAUCCUGGCCCAGCACCUUACACAGAAUGGUUCUGGAGAACACGAUGACGACACACACAGCGAUUCAACCUCCCUUUCCCCAACUCAUGAGCCUCAGAAAUCACAGAGCCUGCUAUCUGACGGGCCCACUCUACCCCCAAACCCCACCACCCACAGCCAAGCUCAGGCUGGUGAAUUCAUUCCUGUGACUGAGCAAAAUGGUGUGUCACCCAGCCUGAUCUCAUCCCACAACCACGCUGUUGUUAACUGCACAGUGCCCAUGGACCUGUCAGUUGAGCCACACCUUGUCAACCAUGCUGACUACCCACACGCAGUGGCACACAACGGCACCAUGUGCUCCCCCCCGUUGGCCUCACCCAGCCCCAGCUUGGCCAGCAGCAGUGGGAGCCAGGUCCAGGCCCCGGUGGCCAGCUCUAACCCAACUAUGAGCAGGCAGCAGUCUAUCUCACAGCAGCUGAGCUACGGCCAGACUGGUGGGCCCAUGCCAGCCUUCCAGCCUUUCUUCUUCACCAGCACCUUCCCUGUCAAUGUGCAAGAGUUGGUACUGAAGGUGCGUAUCCAGAACCCCAACGCACGGGAGAAUGACUUCAUUGAGGUGGAGCUGGACCGCCAGGAGCUCACCUAUCGUUCCCUUCUGAGGGUCUGUUGCCGUGAGUUAGAUAUCAGUGCUGAGCACGUGGAGAAGAUCCGCAAGCUGCCAAACACCAUGUUAAGAAAGGACAAGGACGUGGCUCGGCUGCAGGACUUUCAGGAGCUGGAGGUUGUGUUGGAGAAAGCAGAGGGCAUGUCCCUUUUCUCUGGGACUGGGGGCCUAACAGACAGACCCUGCUACAACAUGAAGGCCUCCCGCCUCACCUACUAGAGCUACUGCAGAGCCUGAGGUCUCCCUGCUUAUGAUGGGCUUCUGUAGCUACCCUCAAGCAAACAUAACUAGUUGCCUGCCCAGGUUCCUUGUUACAGCUUUGUCCGGCUUUGGUGUUUCGCCAAUUUCCUAACUGGGAUUUGUUUUUUCAAGUUCUGUAGCUAUUGUCCUCCUCCUGUCCUCCUCUGGCCCUCCUGCUGCUUUAGUGUACCCAACCAUUUCUAAGCGAUUACUGAUGCAUGGUGUCCUCGAUUAUGUGCGAAAGUAUUUGGGCUCCUCUCUCCUCCUCCCUUUAUCUCUUUCUCUCCUCCCACUGCACUUUGUGCCAAGGCUCCAGUGGGACAACAGAGGAACUUACGGACAGGACUUGAAUGGGAUUCUGCAAUAGCCUUAUAUGGACACAUCACCUAUGCUGGCUGUGGACUGUGGUGACAAAGGAAAAUGGUUCUAUAAGACCAAGAGCAGAGGGUGACAGGAAGGAUUUACAUAACUCUUACUGAUAAGUUCAUCAUCAGUCCACAGAAUAAGACGACUUGCAGCACAGUGGACUUAAACACAGCAACUUGAAUUUCUAGCCAAUUGUUCUAUAGAGAGGUAUCAGAUAUUCUAGCUGGCGUACACACUUUCAUACAUGCUAUAGGCAUAAACCUUAGUGUCUUUCCGGCAGAGGACAUCCAUUACUGGCCUGAUUUUUAAAGUGGAGGUAAUCUCACACGUGGUGAGUCUUAGGUAUCUUUGGACUAAUAGUAUUUUUAUUUGCUGACCACACAUACACAAUGCUUUAAUCUAUAGCCACACAAGGAUGGACACAUUUGAGUAGGAGUACUGGUCCCCCUACAUAUAUAAAUCAUCCAGGCAUACACUGUGGAAAAGAAAUACUUAGUUUUGUUUGAAUUGUUCUUUUUUGUGUCGUUUCAUGUCAGACAAAAACUUAUAGAUAUAUGUGCAGCAACUUGAAGCCCAGACUCAGUUUUUUUUAUUUUCUACAAUGUGUUACCACUUCUGCUUUGCAGGGCACUUGUCAACUGUGAAGUAUUUAUUUAAAAUUUUUGAGUUGUAUUGAUUCUUAUUAAUGCAGCAAGACCAUGCAUUGCGCUUUAGAAUAACAAGGCUCGAGUCCCAGCAAAGGUUGCGUAUGAGGCUCCCACUUGAUUUAUCAUAUAAAUUAAGCUUCGACCUUCUGUCGAAUAUUUUCAAUUGCUGUCCUUCUGUUUAACUGUGAUUAGAAUCAAAACCAAAAACUAAUCUAGCCAGCAAAGAUACUAACCGCAGAAUAAACUAUCACUGCUUCAGAAAAGAAUGCAGCCUUGUUAGACCCCCCCCCCAAGUCCAGAGGAAAUAAAUAAGAUCUAGGAAAGGACAUGAUCUGUGUUUGUGACACUUGGUUUUAUGAUUGAGUGCUUCCUUGUUCCUCCAACACUGAUCCCAAUUCUGACAUGAUCAUCUUUGUUGCCCUGUGUCACCUCACUUUAAACCUAAGCUCUCUACAUGGUGUCUAGAUUUCUUUAAAACUUAGCGACUGGAAGCAACACAGAAUAUCAAUAUAUAUGGCUUCAGUUUGGUUGUCAAGGCCAGUCUAGUGCUAAUAUUUAAUUUUUAAUUUAAAAAAAAUUGAUGUUUAAUGUUUUCUGUUUGGUUGCUUAAUCAGAGGUGUUGCUGUCGUACUUAAAUGGAGACUGACAAUAUGAAAAAAAAACAUUCUUAUACUGUAUUUUAAGAGUUUAACUGGGUCAUGACAGGUCAAGAGGCACAGUCAUGUUGUGCCGGAUGGUAAUGUUUAUGCUGCUUUCAUCAACUCUUUAUAUUACCCUGUAACGCUCAAUGCUGGGGCUCAUUUAUUUUAAGCAGUGCAGUAAGGCGGCCACUACACGUCCUACAAUCAAAGUUUCUUACCCAGUGGUAACUGUUUACUGUUCAAAUGUAUACCUGAAGCUCUUACUGUAUUUGUAUGUUUUAUGAUAUAUUUUUUAUUAAUUUGUAUAAUUUUUUUAACCAGCUAGGCCUGUUGUGUUUGUGUCAAAAACGUCUUAUUACCGGGCAAGAAAGAGUUCAACAAUAGGAUGAAAAGUGCUGAGAUGCUAUUGUUGAAGCCAAGUGCAAUGUGGGGGGGAAAGAAUGUGUUUCCAGAAGGUUUGCUGUGAGAAGAAGGGACUACCAAGAGUGCUUAUUUUAUGUUCCCAACUAUGUUAAAUGCUUUAUUAUUAAGAGAAGUUGUGCCACAUGUUUAAGGCAGGAACUUGGUUGAGAAAGUGGGGCGUGUGUGGAGAAAACACCCCCAUGGCUAUUUUGUGUCCUGGGCGAGUGUGAGCAGCAUGUUUGAAAUGGGUGUUUAUAGGAUCUCCUUUGAUUCUGUGGACAGGAGAUAACUAACAUUGUAUUUGUGGGGUUGCUUAUUGUUUUAGAAAAAGCAGAAUACAGUUUGACUUAACCUAUGCAUUCAGAGUAUGAUAUUUUUAUAUACAGUACGUCCUGUGUACUAGAAAUAAUCUUAGGCAGUGUUAAAGUUGUGUUUUUUGUUCUUGAGACCUGUAUCUGUUCUUUGAUAAAGCAUGGUGAAUCACUUGA